ACUUUCUUUCACUUCAUCAUCUUGAUUGACUUCAACUUAGACUUGCGAUGGGCUACACACUCUGUGUUCUAGGAUGCGGAACCAUGGGCAUCGCCAUCAUUUCUGGAGUCAUUGACAGUCUGGACGUAUCUCGUAUCCCAUAUAACCUCGAAAAGUGGGAGUCGCAUACACCUGGAACACUGACGCCAACGGGAUCGCCGAGUGAUCAAACAUCACCUUCUCGCUUUCUUGCGUGUGUGCAGCGAGAGGUUAGCGCGGUCAAGCUCAAAGGUGUUUUUGCCUCAAUGGGAGUCUUGGCUCAAAAUAUAGAGAUAUUCGUCUCGCAAAAUGUACAAGCCGCACAGCAAUCCGACGUUGUCAUUUUAUGCUGUAAACCGCAGUUGGCGCAUUCUAUCUUAUCCGAGCCCGGCAUGAAGGAAGCUUUGGACGGAAAGCUGCUCAUCAGCAUACUUGCCGGUGUAACAAUCUCUCAGCUAUCAGACUGGGUCUUUCCAUCUACAAAAGUCAUUCGAGCAAUGCCUAAUACACCUUGCAAGAUCCGCGAAGGCAUGACGGUGGUAUCAACAAUUCCUAGUUCUCCAAGCGAGGAAACCGAUGGCGCUAUCAUCUUAAAAAUAUUUUCCUCUAUUGGCCGUUGUCGAUUUCUGGAUGAAAAACACUUUGAUGCGUGUACAGCACUGUCUGGAUCUGGCCCUGCUUUUGCUUGCAUCUUUCUUGAAGCUAUGGCAGACGGAGGCGUAAUGAUGGGCCUUCCUCGUGCGGAAGCCUUAGAGCUGGCUGCGCAGACUUUACAAGGUGCUGCUCGCAUGGUGCUUCAGGCUGGACAACAUCCUGCGCAAAUAAGAGAUGCGGUUACAACACCCGGGGGAUGCACAAUCGCAGGAUUACUCGCAUUGGAAGAUGGGAAGGUUAGAUCAACGAUAGCUCGUUGUAUCCAAGUUGCGACCGACCGGGCUAGCGAACUGGGACAACCGAACAAGCGGCAGUAGUGAAUCAAGUAUAAUACGUAGUUGUAUCGGUUAUUCACUUAACACAAGGAAAAAGAAACUUCAUAUCGA